ACUUCCCGGAGCCGGGAAAGGGGUGUGGUUAAACUUUUCCCCUGCCUUCGUUGUGUAAAGGGUUCCUGUGCGACCACCUGGUCAUGAUGCAGGGCUUGCCCGCCAUCCCUGAGGAGAUCAGUAACUUCCUUGCAGAUGUUGACAUAUUCAUAUCAGAUAUCCUAAAAGGUGAAAAUUUAUCCAAAAGAGCAAAGGAAAAGAGAGAUGUCCUGAUUAAGAAGAUGAAAGACAUCAGGUCCAACUACCUACAAGAAUUUCCUGAAAUAGGAGAUCAUGAAGAUGGGGAAGAGAAUGAAACACCUGCUGCUUCUGACAGUCUGUCUCUAGCGUCUGACCAUUACGAUAAAGAGGAUGAAGGCCCUUCUGAUGGUCAUCAGUUUCUUCCAAUUGCAGCACAGGAUCUUCCAUUUGUUUCAGUGUCUGGAUAUUUGGAAAAGCGUAGAAAAGAUCACAGUUUUCUUGUCUUUGAGUGGCAAAAACGUUGGUGUGCUUUGAGUAAAACAGUCUUCUACUACUAUGGAAGUGACAAAGACAAACAACAGAAAGGUGAAUUCGCUAUAGAUGGCUACACCGUCAGAAUGAAUAAUACCCUUCGGAAAGACGGAAAGAAAGAUUGCUGUUUUGAAAUCGCUGCUCCUGAUAAACGCAUUUAUCAGUUUACAGCUGCUACUCCCAAAGAAGCUGCAGAAUGGGUAGAGAGGCUGAAAUUUGUAUUACAAGACAUGGGAUCUCCAACUAUUCCAGAGGAGGAAUAUGAUGACAUUGAGGAAAAUUCCAUACCUCCUUCUCAAUCAGGAGUAGCAACUAUUUUUGAUGACAUUUAUGAAGAGCUUCCAGAAGAAGAAGCAACAGUAGCUGAAAUGCCAGGAAAGAGUGAAGAAUCAAAGAAACAAAGCCAAGACACUGUAAGCAGUAUUUCAGACAAUAAAAAAACCGAUUAUGUUAAUUUCUAUCAAGGUUUAUGGGACUGCACUGGUGAUGUUCCUGAUGAGCUGUCAUUCAAACGUGGUGAUGUUAUCUACAUUCUCAGUAAGGAGUACAGUAGAUUUGGCUGGUGGGUAGGAGAAAUGAAAGGAACCAUUGGCUUAGUGCCUAAAGCCUACAUAAUGGAGAUGUAUGAUAUUUGAGAGGCAAGACCAGGCUGAUUCUGCAAAUUGGAAGCCAACGAGGGGAGGCUAUGAAGAGGCUACAGAGAUCUAUAUGAAAUGAAAGAUUGGGAAGAUAUACACAUUUUUACUUUCAUUUUUGCUAUUUGCUUUGAUACUCUUUGUUGUGGUAUACAGUUAUUUAGGGUUGUAUUUAUUAUUUACUUGGUAAAUGAGCAUGGCCUGAUUAUAUGCACUUGAAAUUUUAUGGAAGAGAGCUGCAAUAAAUUCUGAUGAUCAGCCUAAUUAAUUUCAAUAUUUGCAACAUAGCACAUCUUUGCAAGAUUUUAUGCCUCUACUUAAGUGAUACAUGGCAGUGGAUCUUUCCUGUAAACAUUGCUAUGAUCUGCUUUUUCUUCCCUGAAAAGGAAAUAUAUAUCUGUUUUUAAUAUAUUUGAAGAAGGCGUACACAUUAAGAGCAUCAGUUCAUACAUGUUCUUAGGUACUACUUUUUCUUAGCAGAACUUCUGGGAAUAUAAGUGCUUUCUCUAAAAAUUUGCAUGACUUAACUCUGCUUGAUUAAUGGCUGCUUCUACAUAUUCUGUUGUUUGUUUUUGCUUCAGUUGCUUCACAGCUUUUUCUUAGCUCUCAGAAGAAAGCUGUGAAGCAGUUGAAGCAAAAACCAACAAUCAUAUGCAAUGAACAGCAAUAAUACAAAUUAUAUUAGGCUGCUAAGUCAUUAAUGUAUUUGAUAAGUCUUGUAUAAAAUAAACAAAAUCCAUUUUUUGAGUUUAUUCUAUUUAUUCCAAAACUCAUGUUUCUUUUCCUAUAGAGAACAAGAGCCAUGUUGAUCCACAA